GGCGGAGCGGGGGCGGCCGGGAAGAGCGGGAGGCGGGGACUCGGCGGCGGGGAGCGGGACGGGGCGCGGCGGCCGCGUUCAUCCCGGAGCGGCGGGCGGCAGAGCGGGAACAUGGCGAGCGUCGGAAACGGCACGGAGGAGAGCGGCGGCGGGGAGGAGGAAAAUUUUGAAGAUGCUUUUGAAAACAUCCCUGUGGCAUCCAAGAUGGAUCUCAAGAGUUCUCUGGAAGAAUGUUCAAUAGCACUGAAUUUGUUUCUAAAUAACAAAUUCUCUGAAGCCCUGGAAUUACUUCGUCCAUGGUCUAAAGAUAGUAUGUACCAUGCCCUUGGGUACAGCACUAUUUUAGUUAUGCAAGCUGCUAUGACCUUUGAACAACAGGAUAUACAAAUGGGAAUUUCUACAAUGAAAGAAGCUUUGCAAACCUGCCAAAGAUUCAGGAAAAGAAAUACAGUGGUAGAGUCCUUGUCCAAUCUAGUUUCUAAACAGUCAGUGGAUCAACUGAGUGAAGAGGAAAUGCAUGCUGAAAUCUGCUAUGCGGAAUGCUUACUGCAGAAAGCAGCUCUCACCUUUGUACAGGAUGAAAAUAUGAUCAACUUUAUCAAAGGUGGCCUCAAAAUUAGGACAAGUUACCAAAUAUACAAAGAAUGUCAUCAAGUUCUACAGAUGACUCAGGGGAACAAAAGCAAAAAUGAAACUUACCACCAGUUUGAAGGAGGUGUAAAACUUGGAAUUGGAGCAUUCAAUUUGAUGCUGUCGCUUUUACCAGCAAGGAUCCUCCGAUUUUUAGAAUUUAUUGGAUUUUCUGGCAAUAGGGAGCUGGGCCUCUAUCAACUUUGGGAAGGAGCAUCUGGCAGCAGUUUGAGAGCCAUUCUGUGUACUUUUACCCUGUUGGUGUAUCAUACUUACGUCUCCUUAAUCCUUGGUACAGGGGACACCAAUCUUCAGGAAGCAGACAGUCUCCUUGAACCCUACCUCCAAAAAUUUCCAAAUGGUUCCAUUAUACUGUUUUAUGCUGCCAGAAUAGAUACACUGAAAGGAAAUUUUGAAAAGGCGCAGUUAACAUUCCAAGACUGCAUAGCAGCCCAGCAAGAAUGGAAACAGAUUCAUCAUCUUUGUUACUGGGAACUGAUGUGGUGCUACACCUUCCAGCAGAACUGGCUUCAGGCAUAUCGGUAUGCAGACCUGCUGAGCAAAGAGAGCAGGUGGUCUAAGGCAAUAUAUGUAUUCCAAAAAGCAGCAAUUUUAUGUAUGCUUCCAGAGGAUGAAUUGAAAAGUACUGGUGAGGACAUUGUAUCUUUGUUCAGACAAGUGGAUGGUCUAAAACAGAGAAUUGCGGGAAAAUCUAUUCCAACUGAGAAAUUUGCAGUAAGGAAAGCUCGACGCUAUGCAAGUUCUCAACCUGUGAAGCUGAUAUUACCUGCCUUGGAAAUGAUGUACGUCUGGAAUGGCUUUGCAAUUGUGGGCAAAAGAGCAGAUCUCACCGAAAAUUUAUUGGUAACAAUUGAAAAAGAAGAAACUGCUCUAAAAAAUGAAACUAGCCACACUGAAUACUAUAUGGACGAUAUAUGCAUGUUGCAGUUACUGAAAGGCCUUUGCCUUAAACACUUGGGAAGACUUAUGCAAGCUGAACUAUGUUUCAAUCAAGUAAUUCAAAGUGAGAAGCAAAUAAAAUAUGAUAGCUAUUUGGUGCCAUUCUCCAUGUAUGAGCUGGGACUUCUAUACAAACAACAGGGUGAGAGAGAAAAAGCUAUAAGAUACAUAGAAACUGCAAAAAACAACUACAAAGAAUACUCUAUGGAGUCCAGAUUGCACUUCAGGAUUCAUGCAGCACUCGACAGCUUGAAAGUGUCACCUGCUUCAACACCUUGAAUGAGGAGGGAUGCAUUUCAUGCAUAUAGUGCAUGCAAUAGUCUGCACAAUCUUUUUGCAAUGUUUUUUAAAUCUUCAAAAAGAAAUAACCUAGUGAUUGUUUUCUGACAUCUCUGAUUUGAUGUAUGUUAUUUCUUUAGACGGUUCUUUUUCUUUAUGGCUCAUAUACUGUAUCUACUUGAUACUUUAAAAAAGACCUUAUAUUUUAUUUGAUAAAAAUAAUUUAAUAUUUGACUUAGUGGGGGAUAUUUAAAAAACAGUUGAUGGUGCAAUAACAUUUAAUUCAAACACUUUAUUUUUUUAUAUGAAAACAGAUGCUGGCUAUGCAGUGGAACUGGUGAUAAUUUCAGCCUUUUGAGGAGGUUUGAUUUUCUGCAGAACACUUAAGGUCUUUCUGCCUUUGGAACAAUAGUGCAAUGGCUGCAGUAACUUGUACCCGUAUUUAGCGUACCAUAUUCUGAAAUUUGCAUUCCAGAGGAAAAAAAAUCUUCAUUUUUAACUUUAUUUCAUUUUGGGAACAAAAUGAAUUUGUCCAAAGUGCAAUAUUUUUAUACCUUUUAAGGUAAAGUUAAGCAGAGCUACAGGUAAAAAGUCUCUGCAGCUCCAGUUCACUCGAUAUAUGUGGUCAUAGGGGUCAUUUAUCAGUCAUAGAAGAGCAGGGCUACUAGGGACAUUAAGAGACCAUCUGUUAUGUAUUCCCACCCUUAAAGUGGAAUCAAGGUCUUACAUUAUUCCUUGCAGGUACUUGUUUAAAGUAUUUUUAAAAAAUCUAACUUGCACAAGCAGUGUUUUCCAGUGCUUUAUUAUUUCUAUGUAUAAUUUUUUUCCUUGUGUCUAUCCUUAAAUAAUUCCUUGACCAAAACUCACUACUUUCCAUUACUUACAUCUUCCAUGUCAUGGAUCUGGAGAAUGGAUUUUUCUGAAGCAGUCUUGCAAUAUUUGAAGACUGGCUCUUCUGUUGCUCCUUUUGGUUCCAGUCAGAACAAAUGAAAACUUGCAGAACAUAAUUAUUUCCCUGAUCUUUGGGAAUAACUGAUAUUAAUCUGAGUUGCUUUUGCAUCAAAAAGAGAAUCCAAUUUUAAACAUGGAAUUUAAAAAGUGCAUAUUCUAACCAUAACUUUCUACCAAAAAGUGGGUAUUGAGAUAUGGUUGUUUUGUUUUCUCAUUAGUAUGUGGAGAACAUAAUCAAAUUUAGUUUCCCAAUUCCUUUCUAAUACUUCUGCAAGUUUUACUAGCACUGUAUUCUUAACUAAGAGUAUACCUGACAUACUAAACACUGGAACAGGUUUGUAGAGAGCUGCUUGAUGCUCUGUGAUUGUCGCUGUUCAAGAGGCAUUUGGAUACUGCUCCCAGUGAUGUGUUUUAACUUUUGUUUGGCACUGAAGAGUUCAGGCAGUUGGACAAGACGACCAUUGAAGGCUGCUUCCAACUGUUCUGUUAUGCUCUAUUUUAUUUUCUUCUGUUGAUCCCCAGAAACUGUCCUGUCACAAGUUAUUGCAAAACCUGCCAAUAUCCAUAUUUUAGUAAUUCUAGGAUGUUGUUUUCCUUUGAGAAAUAAUUGAUAGUAACUAAGUAUGUGAUUCUCUGCCCUCAGCUCCCACUCAAGAGAAAAGAAACAAAGUAGGUGAAAGCACCUCUCCUCAGUAAACAACGAACUAUAAAAUUCUAAUUAAUUAAUAAAUCUACUGUAAACACUCUAAUUAAGAACACGGCUUUCUUCCAUCACUGUAAAUGAGUAAUUAGGUUGCAUAAAAAUCCAUAAUACAAGUGAAAUAAGAGUUUAUAAAUAGUAGCUAAAUAAAUACAACAGGUCUUUGAAAGUGGAAGGCUACUCCGAAGUCUAUUGUCUUCACUGAUUUGGAUUUUUGUCUGCCUGUUAUAAAUGUGCAGUUAAACUAUUGGGCUGAAUUAUACAUUUGAAGGUUAAAUACCAAAGAGACUGAUUCAUCAACACUUAUAUAAGAAUGUGCUUUCUUAACUUUAGAUAAAGUAUAAAAUACAUUUGGCUCUUUAUCAACCAAGACUAGCAUAUGCCACCACUUCUUAGAUUUCUUGUCCUUCUGUACACAUCUGGUUAUAAAUGAUUAGGCAACAAAAAUUAAUUUCUCUAUGUUUUGAGACAAUAUUUUUAUUGGACUACUUGGAUAUUUUCAUUUUAAUAUUAUGAUUAACUGUGGUUCACUCUGGUUAUAGCAGUCAAAUGGGACCGCUUCAUUUUCUUGUGAAAGGUGAUGAAAGCAGUAACUGGUGGAACUUCUGUAGUUUCUGUUUCAGAUAACAAUUCCCUCCAAUGAAGAGUAAGAACUGAGACUACAGACGCAGGAUGGAGCAUGAAGUAGUCUCUGCUCUCUUGUUUUUGCUCAGAGUGUCUUACAGUUAGUAUUUUAUUGGAGAUUUGGAAUAGAAAUUGAAAUCGACAAUAUAUAAAAAAUGAGCUUCCUUAGAAACUGUUUUUUUUUUUUUUUUUUUGUAGUUUAGUUACAAAUGUUAUGGAGCACUGUACUUUAUUGAUAAUACAGACUGCAGAGGUAAAGAAGAUCUUUAUUUUCUUCAUUUCAACCUUCCAAAGUCAAUAUUACACUGUGUACAGGUUAGGUUUUUUUUUCUCUUUUGGGAUCAUCCUUUUACACACCUGCAGAGAACAGGCAUAUCAACACAAGUUUGCAUUGUAGUCUAGUGUUUUCAUGUUCUGAGGUUCCCAACCUAAGUACCCUUUACAGUUUGUGUCCCUUUCUUUGCUGCUAUUCCAAGCUUAUUUGAUAGAAUCUUGAGCAAUCAGGUUUUCUUAGCUUUAUCCUUGGAUAUUAAAAAAAAACCACAAAACUUAAUAACAAUAGAAAUGCAACUGUGUAAGAGUGACGUGUAGCCCUUCAUAUGAGAUAGAUCAUGUUUUUCUGAACACUGCAGAGGAAGCUCAUGGCUAUGGUCUGCUCUUACACAAUGCAUCAUUGAUGCAAUAAUAUUUAGUACAUUGUGUGUAAGGUAGGAUAAGUGAUCUGCGCAUAAGAGUUUGAAUGAAAAGUCAUAUGUUCUUUUAUACUUGCUGUAUACUUUACUUGGCCUUAAAUACAACUCUGACUUAGUUUUAAUGCUCUUUAGAAUCUUCACCUCAUUUGCUUAUUGCAUGGGGCAAUUUUGCAUUAUAUGCUGAAACUUUGAAACUGAGCAAGGUGGAGCAUUUUCUUACAGUGCUGUAACAUCUGUUGAUAGUAGGGGAUUAUAAUGUAUCCAGCAACUAGGCUAAGCCCUUAGUUUAAGCAAGUAAGGCUGAACUUGUAAUGUUAUGACAGAGGUCAUGCUGAUCAUAGAUGGAUGUUUUUUGAGGUGAGGAUUAAUAAAGCAGGUUGGUUACAAGACAA